AUGAUCAACCUGGUUCCCCGGAUCGUGGCUCGUGAUGACAACAACAACAACAACAAUGUUGGCCUCUCUGGCUCCAUGGUCGACCUCCUGAUCUCGCUUCUCGUUCUUGUUCUCCUCGGUCUUGCUCUCGUCGGUGGUCUGCUGGUUCUCCGCCGUAAGCGUCAAUCGAAGAAGCAGAAUUCCGUCCUCCCCGUCCACAAUGGCCAGGUCCCCAAUCAUCACCGCAGCUUGACCAUCACCGCCAAUAAGACCGACUCCAUCCUGGUCUACGACGAGAAACGUAGUCUUAUGGAGAAUUCCCAUAGCCCCCCGCCCAGCCCGGUCCCCGAGAUCCGCAUCACCUUCCCCGAAGAGGAAGACGCCUCCGGCAAGCGGUCAUCAAAGAUGGUCGUUGUGCGUAUUAGUGAGGCCGGCAGUGUAGGCCUCGAGCCCUGCCACGAAGAGCUGCCGCCCUACCAAACUACCGACACCGGCCGGUUCCAAUCCCUGGAUAUCGAACGCAUGGGUGGCCUGAAGGAGAAGGAGGAGAUGAGGAGCUACCACUAA